AUGUCCGCUGUCAGGACCACAUGCCCCGUCGUGCGGAACAUCCUAUCCUUUCCAUGGGAAGCGACGGAGCUUGGCAAAGCCGCCAGUAGGGAAGAUGCCGGUGGGGGUGGGCUGAGUGCCGUUGCCAGUAGGGAAGGGAACGGUGACAGUGGCAGAGAGGGUGGUGGUGCUCUCGGGGGGGCACUCAUCGUCAUCACCCUCAUCGUCGUCGCACUCAUCGUCAUCCUGAGUGUCAUCGUCAUCACACUCAUCAUCGUCGCCACCGUUGUUGCCGCCGUUGUUACCACCAUUGUUUCCUCCGUUGUUGCUGUUUCCACCACCAGGAGCAGAGGUGAUGCCGGAGGCGCUGGAGCAAGGGACAGUGACGGUGGAGUAGAUGGUGGACUGGACAAGGGUGGUCCUGGUGAGACCGCUCUCGACGAUGGUGGUAGGAACAUCGGUGACAAUGGGGAUGACCGAAGUGGUCAAGCUGGGCUGGUUGGGAGAACCAGAGGUGAUGGGAGCGCCAGUGGGGGCGGGAGCAGAAGAGUUGGACCAGAGUCCGGUGCUGCUGGGGAAGACCGGAGCAUUGCUGGAGAUGUGCUCGUUGACCAGAGACGAGGCAAUGCUAGAGGCAUCAGAGACGGGGCAGACUGUGGUGGUCAGGGGAACGGUCUGGGUGACAACGGCAGUUGUCUUGGCGGACUCGGGAAGGUUGUCGAUGUCAGUCUGCUUGGCGGGGCAGUUGGUGACGGUGGGAGCACAGCUAGUGAUGGUCGUGACCUGGGUGACGCUAACGGUCAGGGUGGUCUCAGAGGCUGUUUCGUUGAGAGCACGACGGUUCCAGUGGAAGUGACGGGGAGAAUGCGCACUGGCAACGGCGGCGAGGACGCCAACAGCAGCAACGGAAGCCUUCAUCUUGACUGUUACUUUGGGAAUGAAACGGAGUUGUGGGUCGUGGUGGUGAUCGAGUUAAAAUCACGAGUAGUUCUCUCCAGGAGACGGGUGGAUUGCGAGCAGAGCGAAUUCGAUUGA